GUUAUUAAUCAGAAGAAUUUUGCAUCACCUAAACAUUGUUUGGUGUCUAUGAAGAGCGAUCAGUCACUGGGUGCACCAACAGUGCUGCAGGGCAGAGACAAACGUGGCAUAACAAAUACGUCCAUGGGGCUGGAUGCUGAUUUCCAGGAUCAGCAUGUGCAACCAGGAUAAACAUCAUGCAGUGUUAGAGUGAUGGAAAACAAAGAGCAUCAGAGCAGUAUCAGAGAACCAGAUCUUGUGUGCAAGCAAGAAUUUAAAUCUAAACUGCAGAAUAAAUUCCGGACAAUUAAUGAAGGAAUGCCUCUUCAUGGCAGGCCAAGACUUCUAAAUGACAUUUACACAGACCUUCACAUCAUAUCUUGUGAAAACAAACACAUCAGUGAUGAGCAUGAGGUCAGAAAUAUUGAAAAGGCAUGUAGGAGACUAAGAACAGAUGAGUCAAUCAGCUAUAAUGACGUAUUUCUACCCUUACCUGGAGAUGAGAAACCCAUCAGAGCUGUGCUAACAGAAGGCAUUGCUGGAAUUGGUAAAUCAGUAUCUGUGCAGAAGUUUGUUCUGGACUGGGCUGAAGGAAAAGCAAAUCAAGAUUUGGAUUUCAUUUUCCCAUUUAACUUUAGGGAGCUAAAUUUUAAAAAGGAGCAAAAUCUCAGUGUGUUGGAGCUUCUUCAUUGUUUUUUUCCAGAAACCAAAGACCAAACUGUGGACUAUCAUCAUUACAAAAUCAUGUUCAUCUUUGAUGGACUGGAUGAGUCUCGUUUAAAAUUAGAUUUUACAAAAAGCAAAAUGUUGACAGAUCUAACAGAGUCAGAUUCAGUAGACGUACUGUUAACAAAUCUUAUUAAAGGGAAUCUGCUUCCAUCUGCACUCCUCUGGAUAACAUCUCGACCUGCAGCAUCCAGUCAGAUUCCACCUGUUUAUAUUAACAGAGUAACGGAGAUACGAGGGUUUAAUGACCCUCAGAAAGAUGAGUACUUCAGAAAAAGAAUCAGUGAUCAAACCCUGGCUAAUAAAAUCAUCUCACACCUGAAGUCAUCACGAAGUCUUUACAUUAUGUGCCACAUGCCAGUCUUCUGUUGGAUUACAGCGACUGUUCUCGAGGGAAUGUUCAGUGAAGCAGGAACUGGAGACGUCCCCAAGACGCUGACUCAAAUGUUCACACAUUUCCUGAUGUUACAGAUCAAACAUGGCUCCCAAAAGUACAAAAGACAUGAAAUGAAUUCUGGACAUAUUGGAGACAUUGUACUAAAACUGGGAAAGCUGGCAUUCCAGCAGCUGGAGAAGGGAAACCUGAUCUUCUAUAAGGAGGACAUCACUGAGUGUGGCAUUGAUGUCAGAGAGGCCACAGUGUACUCAGGAGUUUGCACUCAGAUCUUUAUUGAGGAAGUCACUUCACAUCUGGGGAAGGUGUACAGCUUUGUGCAUCUAAGUGUUCAGGAGCAUCUUGCUGCAGUGUAUGCUUUUCUCUCAUGUGUCAAUGGAAAUCUUUCAAAACAACAAAUCCCUAAAACCUUUGGCGUCUCCAACAAGGCAAUGCUGUUAGAUCUUCUAAAGGCAGCAGUAGACAAGGCCUUACAGAGUAAGAAUGGACACCUGGACUUUUUCCUCCGCUUCCUUAUGGGUGUCUCACUGGAGUCCAAUUCAGUUCUCUUACAAGACCUACUGACAGAGAUAGGAUGCAGAUAUCUGAGGGAAAAUGGUGACACAAAAGAGAAAAUAACCACAUACAUCAAGGAGAAGAUCUGGAAGAAUCCAUCAUUAGACAAAUCCAUCAAUCUGUUCUAUUGUUUAAAUGAACUAAAUGACCAGUCUCUGGUACAGGAAGUUCAAACAUUUUUGAGUAAAACAGAAAAUAAUCAACUACAUGGAGUCAAACUUUCUCCAGUUCAAUGGUCAGCUCUGGUUUUUGUCCUGCUGAACUCAGAGGAGAAGCUGGAAGAGUUUAAUCUGCAGAAAUUUGCAGCAUCAGAUGAAGGUUUGAAGAUCUUGUCCCCAGUUGUCUCAGUAUCGAGAAAGGCUCUGCUGUGUGGUUGUAAUCUCACAAAGAAAAGUGGUACAGUUCUGGCAAAAGUUAUCAGCUCAGGUUCUCGGUGUGUGAAAGAGCUAGACCUGAGUGAUAAUAAACUGAGGGAUUCAGGAGUCAUACAGCUUUCUGCUGGAUUGGAAAGUCCAAACUGUAUACUGGAAGUCCUUAGGUUGCGUAACUGCAGCAUUACAGAAGAAGGCUGUGUCGCUCUUGCUGAAGCUCUGAGGACAAAGUCACACCUGAGAGAGCUCGAUCUGCGCGGUAAUGAUUUAGGAGAACAGGGAGUGAAGCUGCUCUCUGAAAUAAAGGAGGAUAAAAAGUACACACUGGAGACGUUGAGACUCUGAAUCUCCAGACCUGACCUGGUGUAAGGAUGAAGUCACAACACAACAUCUGAACCUUUUGUCAGUUGUUUAUUACUGUAUAUGUUAUUGUGAGCUGAUUUCUACGCUGGGGUCAGAGCGCAGGGUCGGCUGGGAUACAGCGCCCCCUGGAUCAGAGAGGGUUAAGGGACUUGCUCAGGAGUUUAACAGUGGCAACUUGGGCUCGAACCCUCAAUUUUUCGAUCAAUAAUACAGCAACCUACAGCCUUAACUGACUGAGCCACGACUGGCCUUAUUUAUUCUCACUGUGGCUGUUUAUAAUCUGUUUCUUUAAUAUUUCUUGUAAAACUAUUUUAAUAAACAAAUGUUGAUUUUUUUUGACAGCAAAAACUUGGAAUGUAGAAACAGAACAUUAUUUUAGUUUUUAUAUUAUCAGUAUUGUAAAUGUGUAACACUUUGUCUUGUUCCUGAUCUGUGACAUGAUGUUUCAUAUUAUUAACAUUAAUGAUUAAAGAUGGGUGAAUGAAUGUAUCAUUCGUUCAUUAGGUUUCAAUUCCUUUUUUGAGUGCUUA